AUGGCGCGCACGUGCGCCGGCGGCACGGCCCGCGCGCUCCUGCUGCGCGUGUGCGAGCGCCUCGGACUGGCGGAGAAUCCGUGCCUCGGGCUGCGACACGUGGACUCGGACAAGCAACGGCACUGGCUGGACCUCGCCAAAUCCGUGGCAAAACAGAUCACGACUGAACCUCCGUACCGCGUGUGCUUCCGAGUCCGGGUUUACCCGAGUCAGCCGGCGCAGAUCCUGGACCGAGGAGUGAGGAACUUCGUGUACCUGCAGCUGAAGCGCGACAUCUCGCACGCGAGGCUGCAGUGCACGCGCGCCGACGCCGCGUGGCUCUCGGCGUGUGCUCUCCAGGCCGAGCUGGGCGACUCCAGCCCCGCGGAGCACGGCGAGGACUACGUCAGCCGGCACUGGUUCCUGCCACGACGCUCGGAGCGCACCGAGAGACUCGUCGCUACCCUGCACACAGACCGACUCCGGGGACAGGGCGCGGAGGAGGCCGAGUGGAACUUCCUGCGGAGGGCCGCGGGGCUCAGCACCUACGGCGUGGACCCGCACCCGUGCAAAGACGAGUCCGGGGAGCGGGUCUUCCUCGCCUUCACUCCCGCGGGGUUCGUCGUCUUCCAGGGCGGGAAGAGAGUCGUCCUCCUACCCUGGGCGGACGUGCUGAAGUUUCGAGUGGAGGAGUGGAGACUCUCGGUGUACGGGAUUCAGAAGGAGAAGAAAGUGCUGCUCGAGUACCAGGCGGAGACUCCGCAGGCGGCCGGGCACACGUGGCAGUGUGCGACUCACAGCCAGCGCUUCUACAGGUACGAGGCCGCGAGGGAGAUGACGUCGGGACGUCGACUUCUCUUCUUCUGGAAGAGCCGAGGACGCCACAGGGCCGGCAUGGACGGCAGUCAGAGCUGCCAGGCCUUCCCACGCCCGGGGCGCCCCGAGGCACCGCCUCCGGUGCCCAACAGCGUCUCCCUGCAGAGCGCCCUGCACCUGGGCGCCCUGCGGCUGCGGCCUGCGGCGUCCGCCGAUGGCCUCGACCCCAGCGACGCGGCCGACGCCGGCGACACCGACGACACGGACGACACCGACAUGAGCGGUCCAGCUGGUGCCACCCAUACGGCCGGUGCCACCGAGGCCACCGACGCCGCUGGCACGGCUGAGCGUGGUGACGCCGACGCGAGCGUCAUCGGCGUGGCCAGCUCCACCGACACCGACGUCCUGAUCAGAGAGGAGCCCUCGCGGGAGUGAGGACGGAGAGGCGGCGGUGGUGGCUGGGCCAUCGCGGCGCACGGCCGGGCCACCUCGCAUCUCCGGCUCAAACGCGAGAGCCGACGGCGGCGGGGACCCACUCCGACCCCUGCCGCUCUUCCCCACAAAGACCC